AAACGCGAUACUCUUGUCCCGCAAGGCUUUAGCAAGACAUACAUUCGAGGGCUCCAGAGGAGCAGCUGGCUGCACUAUGAAUUCCCUCUAUACGCAUGGUGUCCGGCAAACAAAUUCGCUUACUGCAGAUCUCGAGCGGCUGCGCAAUGGAGACAACUCAGCAUCUCUCUUAGGACAGAUAUCUGCCUCACUCGCUGCGAUGCACCGAACCAUCGAGGAUUAUGAUUCGAUGGCUAAGAGGGAAAUAAUAAAGGCGAAGCAGGAGAAAGGGCAAAUGCGGGUGCAGAAGUUCCGCUCCGACUAUGCUGAACUGAAGAGUCAGUUCGAACUACUUAAAACCGAGAGAGCUGCGGCACAGCGAAACGAACUUCUAGGUGGCUCGUCAAGUAUGCUAUCUCCUUCGUCAGACACAAGACGGCGCUUCACGCCGACUGCUGCUGCCUUGAAUGGCGGAGCAUCCCCGUCACAACACUCUGAAUCUCCUUUCCGUACGCCAACGCCACUACCAGGCUCAACACUUCGUGAAAGUCACGCAUUACAUGAGCACUCGUUUAUCCAGAAUACAGAGACAAGGUUGGAUGAGUUCCUUGCCCAAGGGCGAGAAGUGCUGGAUAACCUCGUGGAUCAACGGAAUGUUCUAAAGGGGACGCAGAAACGGCUCCUGGAUGCCGCAAAUACAAUGGGCCUGAGCCGGGAUGUUAUAGGGUGGAUCGAGAGAAGAAGCACACAGGAUAUGUACAUCUUCUUUGGCGGCGGAGUGUUCACGUUCUUCUGUUUCUGGUUGAUAUGGCAUUAUCUAGGCUAAACCAGCCUUACUUUUCUGAUGGACUUGUGUAGCCUGUACACGUACUCUACGUCUACUUAUCUAGUUUGUUGUUCGUGUCGUGAGUUGCGGAACUUUCCGGACCAAAACCAUAACUUCCAUGCAAGGCUUCU